CUGUAAUUAAGCCUAUUAGUUUAACACCCGCGUCAUUUCGGCGCGUCUUCCCACCGGCGUCGCGCGGGCGUCCAACAUUUCCUGAGGUAUUUCACAUAUUUGACUUUUUAUAUUUUAUGUAUCGUACAGAAUAAUAGAGCGCAGGCUAAAGUGCAGUUCGGCCCCAGCGAGUCUCUCAGCGCGGCGUGUCUCACAGCGCAGGGGGCAGCCGGAGCGCCGCAGACUCGGGCGGCUACAUGAGUAUAUUGGGAAUAAAAUACUCCUGCCAGCUGACGCUGGACCCCAACACUGCAAACAGCCGCCUGUCUCUGUCAGGGGGGGACAGGAAGGUGACAGGGGGGGCAGAGCAGCCAUAUCCUGAUCAUCCAGAGAGAUUUGACAGCUGGAGCCAAGUUCUGUGCAGAGAGAGUCUGACUGGCCGCUGUUACUGGGAGGCUGAGUGGAGUGGAAAUGGAGCCUGGAUAGGAGUGACUUAUAAAGGGAUCAGGAGGAAAGGAGGGAGUUAUGACUGUGGGCUUGGAGACAAUGACAAGUCAUGGUGUCUGUACUGUGAUACUUACAGUUACUCUGUCCGGCACAAUAAGAAACACACUGUCAUACCCAUAAAGCCCUCAGGUCCCCACAGAGUAGGAGUGUAUCUGGACUGGGGGGCUGGUGCUCUGUCCUUCUACAGAGUCUCCUCUGAUGGACUGACCCCCCUGCACAGAUUCACCUCCUCAUUCACUGAGUCCCUCUAUCCAGGGUUUGGGGUUUAUCCAAACUCCCCCGUGUCGCUGUGCAUGCUGGGAUAGCUCACUGUGUGCUGGAGGAAUCAUUUUUACCGUAUCAGAGUCUCACAUGUCGCUGCUUCUCCGUGGCUAAAAGGUAAAAUCUCUGCUUUAUAACCAGUAUAACCCUUUUUACUCUGUCUGAAGUGUGAUGUAUGUUAAUAAAACAAGUAAUUGGGUUCUGUAAGCUGAACAAACAUACAAAAUGACUGUUUUUCUCUGACUUAUGUUCUAUGCUGUCUGUAAAUGCACCAAAACUGCCAAAACAAAUUCAUAGUACAUGCAGUUGUACCAAUGGAGUGAAUUCUGAUUCUGAAUAAAAUAAAAUGUAAUGAAAUCUAAGCCUGAUGAGUGGGGGGAGCUUUUCCCCUCCCCUCUAUAUGUAUAUUUUAUAUUUCGGUCUAUAUAUUGUAUUUGCUACCUGUACACUGACAAUAAAGGCUUCCUAUUCUAUCCCAUUAAUGUCCCGGUUCCGCGCUGCCCAGAACGUAACUGAGUAACAGACUUAAUCCGCGCUCUCUGC